CUUUGUGACCCCAGUCGUGCGGGAACUGGGGAAUUGAGCUCUGGGAAAUUUUUCGAGAUCGAUCUCGGAACGGGUCACUGCCAAACGUUGCGAUUCCGAGGUGACACAAGUGCCCGCACAACAUCCAAUGCGCCAGGAACACCGGGCUCUUUCCUGGGCAUCCAACUCACCUCGACUUCGGUAGCCUGCCUCUCUCUCUCUCUCUCUCUCUGCACAUACACCACAAAUGGCCAACAAGCAGGUCGCCCGGUUGCUACAACCAUGGCUGCGGAUCUCCCUAACCCAACGGCCAGCAUCGUCCAUAUUGGCAGCCAGAAGCCGACUUCUCGUGAACACAAGACCCUCUACUCCUCAAACCCGCCUUAGCCUCCCCUCGACUAUCGAAACGCGGCGCAGCUACGCCGCCCCCAGGAAACCCAAGAAGAAACCCGAGUACAAACGCCGCCGGACAACCGCAGACCGCUCCGAGCUGACCCUCGACCAAAACGCCAUCUCGUACCUACUCCCCGCAACCCUCGUGGCGCCGCCCUUCUGGCAAUGGUCCAAAAAUCCCUCAAUUUUCCUCCGUUACGGUUGGCAAGCGGUGCGCAACCGCGUCAUGAACCUCGUCUACCGCAUGGUCUUCCGGUACACCUCCAAAGAAAAACUUCUCUCCCGCCCGCGAUGGAAGGCCAACCGAUCGGCUGUGAUCCCCGCCGCCAAGGCGUUGCACCUGCAGAUGAACGACGCGGUCGCCAAGGGCGACAAGGAGACGCUGAGGCAGAUCUGCACGUCAGAGCUGCACCACACGCUGGCGGGCAUGAUUGAUUCGCGGCCGAAGGGACAGCGGGCGGAGUGGCAGCUUCUGAAAUACAAGAGUGGGUUGGGCGUCUACCCGCGGCUGACGGAUGAUAAGCUGGCGCUGCAGCCUGUGCCGGGGGCUCAGGAGAAUAAACUCGUGAGGCAGGUUGUGGUGACAAUUCGGAGCGAGCAGCGCAUGGCAAGGUAUGAUGAUUUGAAGGGUGGAGUGCUGAUCCCGGGGAGUGAGAAGGUCCGGUCGCUUGAGGAGCACUUUGUGCUCGUGACGAGCAUUAGCCAGCGGACGUGGGAGCAGGCACCUUGGAAGAUUUGGGGGACGCUGCCUACGUCGACUUUGGAGUCAUAUACUGAGGAGGUGGAUAUUGUCACGAGGUUGGGCUCGGAGCAGAAGGCUUAAGGGUGUGUUUGAGGGUGGACAAGAAGACAAGGAAAAGGGGAAAAAGGGGAGGUAGCGAUUGAAUGUAUCAUUAUGUGUAUACAAAAGAUGUAUAUUGAUGCUUCUUCACCAGAGCAGCUGGCAUACACCACCUACUGUAGAUGGAUUCGACGUAUGGAAGCAGUCUGAUUGGCUAAUAAGCCAAUGGAUUUACAUAGUCUGCAUGUACCAUAGCAAAAAGUGUCAAAAGUUGAUGUGACUAGUUUCAACCCGUUUGUCCACCUUA